AUGAUUAUAAUAGCUGCCAGCUUUGUGCUGCUCAUGGUUGUGCCCAGCACAAAUGGGCUUCCUUUGUGGGAUUUUUUUACCGGUGCAGACACUACUGAAGAUAGCGCAGGAAUGGAUACGACUACAAUGGAGCUAAUCGAACCGCGGCAGGAUGUCUCAAAACCCUUACUACGAUACGACACUAUGAUGCCAAUAUUGCAAGUCAUCCUAACACCGAUUGGACGUAUGGUUUGGCCACGUGUUGAACAAUGGGUUUCCGGACUGUUCGGUGCGUAUCUGGAUAGUGCAAACAGAGCUAUCGAUACCAUUUCACAGUAUGCAACAGAGAACAUAUCCUUCCAGACUGGCGAUGUGUACUACACGAAAGGCGACAUGAUCGAUGGACACGGACACCAGUCUUUAAUUAUUACUCUACCAUCCGGAAGAACCAUCACAGUUCUAACGUUCAAAACCAAAAGAAAAUUCAACGUAUUUGACGAAUUUCCCCAACUGUCUGAUACACAAAACGAGGUGAGAGAGUUAAAUUGA